AAGGUGAAAGCGCGGAGGGAUAUCUUCAGACGAUCCAAACCGGAACCUGCUGGACCACCGGGCGUCUUUUGCUAUAAUUCUUUUGAUUUAUUGACGUAAACGAUGGCGGAGGUGAGGUCUCCUGGACCGGUUCUGUUCGGCUGCUGAAGGGCGGGAAGCUCGGAGUUCACCUGAACCCGGAACUCCGGCACGUAAAUCACUCCCGGCUCUUCGUUGUAGCAGCCGGCAUGUUCCGCGUGUCUGCGCCUGGGCAGCGGCGUCUGUUGGCGGGUCUGAGCCUGGUCCUGGCCCGUCUGUGCUGCUGCUCUGCGGCGGCUGCCAACGUCCCGAACAUCGCCGUCUACUUCGGAACCAAGACCCGCUACGAGGAGGUGAACCGGCACCUCCUGCGCGACGUUCUGGCGGUAAACGCGUCCGUCCUGAAGCCCCCGCCGACCGAGCGCUGCUCUCCGGUCCAUCUGACCGCCGUCAUACGGCACGGCAGCCGGUACCCGACCGUGAAGAACGUCCGCAGGAUCAACAGGCUGAGCGAACUGGUCCGGACCGAGGCUUCCCGAGCCCCGGGCGGCUGGCUGCUGGACCUCCAGAGCCGCUGGGAGACGUGGUACACCGAGGACAUGGAUGGUCAGCUGGUGACGAAGGGCAGGGAGGAGCUCCAGCAGCUGGCGCGGCGUCUGGCCUCCUUGUUUCCGUCUCUGCUGUCGGAGGAGAACGUGAGGAAGAGGAGGGUGAGCUUCGUGAGCAGCUCCAAGCAUCGCUGUGUGAGCAGCGUGGAGGCGUUUCAGGAGGGGCUGUGGCAGCACUGGGGUCCCAGCGGUGAGACUCCGGCCUACAGCCACCGGGUGGAGGACGAGCUGAUGCGCUUCUUUGAGCGUUGCCGUGGUUUCGUGGAGGGUGUGGAGAACAACCGGACGGCGCUGCUGGAGGUGGAGAAGUUCAAACACGGGGAGCAGAUGGAGGCCGUGAGGAGGAGGAUUGCCGAGAUGUUGGGACUCCCGUUCCAUCGACUCACACCAGACCUGCUGGAGGCGGCCUUCUUCUUGUGCUCGUACGAGCUGUCCAUCAAGUCCCUCCACUCGCCGUGGUGCUUCCUGUUCAGCGAGACUGACGCCAAGGUUCUGGAGUACAAGUCGGACCUGAAGCAGUACUGGAAGCGCUCUCACGGUCACGCCAUCAGCAGCCUGGCCAGCUGUCCUCUCUUCCACCAUGUCUUCAGGACGCUGGACAAGGCGGGCCGUCCUCGCAGGUCCACAGAAGCGGCUCCAGAACCGGCCUCCAUCCUGGUGGGACACGCCGAGACGCUGCUUCCCCUUCUUUCUCUGCUGGGGUUGUAUAAGGACGAGACUCCGCCCACUGCCAGCAACUACCAAUCACAGCAUGGCAGAACCUUCCGGACCAGCCGCAUCGUCCCGUACGCCGCCAACCUGCUCUUCGUUCUUUACGACUGCCAGCGCGGGCCGCGCCUGCAGAUGCUGCUGAACGAGACGCCGCUGAGGUUCCCCGACCUGCCGGAGGACGCGCCGCUGUACCGCGACGUCCGGGCCGCCUACCGCCACCUGCUGGACGGCUGCGACUUUCACACGGAGUGCGAGGGGAGAGCCGGCGGGCGCGGGCCCAGCACCGAGCUCUGACGCCAAAGAACCUGCUGACCAGGUGUUCAGCUCUGAUCAGGCUCCGCCCCCCACGCUGAAGCAACGCCAACAUCUGAGUUCAGCGGCGACUCUCAGGGUGUCAUGCUGCUCCGUCCUGAACCGGGCAGGACAGGAAGAACACUUUCAAAGUAAAAGCCUUUAUCGCAGGGAUCAAUGUUUGGUGUGAAGGAACCGACGAGCCAAACGGCGCCGUGGUCCUGUGUUCUGCUGACCGACCUUCACACCGCGGGUUUGAUUUCUGGGUUCAUUCUUAGAGCUUUAAGGGUAAUUUAUUCUUUUAUUGUUGGUUUAUUCUUUAUCCAGGAUUCGAUGGAACCGCCGGCUUCUCUCAUCAGGGUAACUUUGUGCCAAAAUCAUUUUCAAAUUAAAGCUUUACUUGAUUCUUUC